AUGGUGGUAAAGUUAAAGCUGCGAUCAGAUAAAAGGCCAAACAAAGGCUCCAUUGUAGAUAUCGCAAGCUCAGAGCAUGAAUCGAUCACAAGUGUCAACAAGCCAAACGGCUUUCUAGACCGCAAUGGAGUGGCAUCAAGCCCUCCAGGCUCUGGCGGACGACCAGCGGCUAGGGUUGUUUCGCGUCUUGAAAAUAGUCAUGGGGUUACGGGCGAGUCUUCCCGGCGAGUUGAUGAUGUCCUGAUCCAGCAGAACACCUCCGACAGUGAAACACAUGCUAGCGAGCAUGAGCAUCAUGCCGAUGACGAAGAUGAAGCAUCUGCAUUACUCAGUAUCCCACGUUUUCAACGGAGAAUCGAAGCAAAUGUCCAAGAAAUGGAAUCCCUGAUGGAAGAAGUACAUAAGCAGCUGCAAGCAUGGCAAGAGAUGUCUGUUCAAGCCAACCUCAGACGGGCGACAGCCGAGAUGAGGACUUACCCGAGACCCAGACUUGACUCGUCGGCCGGAGACCCCUUCCGAGCUAUCACUGAGCAGCGGAGGUCUGGCCUCGGUGCAGAACCCAGGCCGCAAGAUAAAUCACAAAACAAGAAGUUGGCGGUCAUCCGGACCCCUGAACACGCCUUCUGGACUGGAGCGACCUUGCUGCCAAAAUACAAGUCCAUCGGGCGUGUCUCAAGAAGUUUUCUUGCACCGAAUUAUCGCACCGCUAAAUAUCGACCUUAUGACGCCGAAGACGAGAUCCAGGACCCAGAUGCGACUGAGAAGUAUGCUGAACUUGAGCAAAGGUUCAACAACAACUAUCCCGGCUUGAAAUCUCAGCGACAGUGUCAAGAACUAGUCUGGCUUUGGCAACCCUGGGCAGAAGAACUUUUUGUAUGCCUGGGGAUCAGCAAAAGUGACGUGUUGUACUUCUUCACGCAGGAUCAUUUCGACCCGGACCGUGAGCUUACAUACGCGUGGUCCGCGGAGUCAUCAAAAGCAUGGAGAGAGGAACAAAUGAGACGAUGCAGGACAUGUGAGCUUGCAGAUCCCGAGAGCAGAUGGUCCCAUUUCAGCGAAACGUUUAACAGUCUUCCCAAGCCCAGCAAUCGGAGCCUCGCCCUUGCCGGACUGGUCGCUCAUGCUUUUCACCAGCGGACUAGAGUGAGUUUGUGGCACGUCGCCAUCGGUGGCCUUCUACAACCACGAUAUGAGGAUCCUCAGACCCUGACGAGGAGAGCUCCUAACUUUUGCGUGCUCUGUUUCCGCCAUCAUUGCCCUGACCAUGGUUCUUAUGAGGAGCCAAACAACGAGGACGUCGGUGCAAAAGAUGCUGAAGAGCUCAAAGCUUAUAUCAACGACGAGGAACAGAAUCACAACCUCCGGAAGUUCAUGUCACUACCAGUUCGUAACCGACAUGAUAGUCCUAAGCAUAUGUGCGGAGUCUUUUGUGUCGAGCCAUCUCAAAAGCUGUCUCAAUUGAUCGGUCGGCGAAUCGACGGGACUAUUACAGGCCAUAGUCGAAAAGUGAGUCCGGCUAAACAAGUUUUGGCGGACGACGAAUUCUGUAGCUCCUCCUGUUUCUGGGACGUUACUACCCGGCGCGACAUCCAGAUAUCAGACGUCAAGUUUGAGCCUUUUAUGUCGCAGUCACAGAAAUUGUUGGUCGACAAGCUCAUCCGGUUCUAUCUGAACAACAAACGAGGUCCAUGUCUCAUAUCUCGCAUCAUCAAAGAUAUUCUGGGGCGACGUCUGACAGUAGCACGGCUGAGCGACACCUCCAUCACGCGCGCAAGAAGAAGAAACCGCUGCCAAUCAUUGAUGUGUCGAGGAGUGCCGAGUUGGACCAGCGGCCGCCUUUUAUGCCGUGCUCGCACGAUGGCCCUUGUCACAGCAAUCCGGCCUGCACUUGCUCCCGGAGUAAGGUACACUGUGAAAGAUUUUGUGGAUGUGACAAAUCUUGCAAGAGACGCUUUCGCGGUUGUAGUUGCACCACACGAGGGACUUAACCGCGAAUGCGAUCCAUCCUUGUGUGGCAAGUGUGGUGUUGUUGAAGUCCUGGACUCAGCGAACAAGUACAAAGACGACGUUCGGCGAGGACGAUGCCGGAACAAUCGGAUACAGCUGGGUCUUCCGGCACCCACCACCAAAGCGCCCAGCCAGGUGCAAGGCUAUGGGCUCUACAGCAGAGCGGACAUUGCCAGUGGCGAAUUCAUCGGUGAAUACACCGGGGAGAUUGUCAGCAUCUCGGAGGGAGAUCGACGAGGAGCCAUGUACCACGUCUUGAAUCAGGAAUAUCUAUUUGUCAUCAACAGGGGCCAGGAGAUCGAUGCGUCCAACAACGGCAACAAAAUGAGAUUCAUGAACAACUCGCAACUGGAGGAGAACAUCAACGUUGAGCCCAAGAAACUCUUGUGCAGCGGCGUGGUUCGAGUUGGCCUGUUCGCGAAGCGCUUUGUCAAAGCAGGCGAGGAACUGCUGUAUAACUAUAAUUACCCGGAAUCGGUGGUGAAGAAUUUUUGGGAACCAGGCGAGCGACCGUCUUCUGGGCGGAGAUUGAUUCCAACGGGCUCCGAACGCAUUGCGCGAACCACCGGGGCGAACAAGCUGGCAGAUGAGAACGUCAACGAGAUGCGUGAGGAGAGCAGCCAGUCUCCCUUGCCUCGUCACACGAAGCGGAAGAGGGCUUUCGAGGAGAGUCUCCUUGCCAGUCACCGGUUCGACGCUCUCAGCAACAAUGACGACGAAUCCGAGAAUUCCACACUCGACAUCCAGACAGCGCCUGAGGUUGAUGAUAGUGAAGAUCCAGAUUAUGAGAGUAACAGCCUCGCAUAUGAUGAAGGCGACAUGGAGGACGACGCGGACCAGGAAUCAGAUCUCGAGGCCGUGGAGACCCAGCCGAGGCAGACAAGGCGUUCAUCCAAUCGUCGUCCACUGCCAGGUGGUGAAGGCUUGGGGCGCCAUAUUUCUACGAGCAAAAGCAUGGGUGGAAGUAGAUCGCGCGGGCGUAGUGCGCAGCGCAUUGGCAGAAACCAGAGCCGAAGUCACAGCGGGACGAGUUCCAGCGCAACAAUGAACAGCCGGCGGAGACGCAAGAUUGGGCCUCACGACAAGCGGCUCGGAGGGCAGGCCCAACAACAGGCAUGGCGCACCAGAAGACUGAGAGAGUCUCUGGGGUUGUCCAUGUCACCUAGUACGGGUUCCGCAUGA